UACCUAAUCUCUCGAUGUUUGAUGCAAGCUAGCUGAGUUUACAUAAUUAUGAUAACCAACCUGCCAAAGAUAACCGACGCAACCAGGUUCACCAUACUUAUAUGUUGAUCUGACAAUAGUUUGGAUACGAGACCGGCCUCGGAGUUCAAUCAUUUCGUGGGAAAGGGAAAACAGAUAUAGCUUCAAGAUGGGUUUGACUGGCCCGGUGGUGGUGUUCCUCAUGUCGCUUGUGCCGUUCCCACUGUGUUUCAUGUUGAACGCCCAACCCUGGACCCGUGACCCCGGGGUCAUUUUGGCCCUAGGGGUCGGGGUGCUGGCCGCCAUCUUGCUUGUCUCCUACAUCGCUGUCAGACGGGAGACAAAACCAGAUCCGAUUCUCUAUGUGAUGAGCCUUUUCAUGUUCAGCAGCAUGGUGGACCUGAUAAUCGCCCUUGAGUCGGACGGCAUCCUCGGGGAGUUUAUGACCUUCUAUCUCAAGGAAGGUGAGCCGUACCUGUGGACGCCAUACGGUACAAUGAUCAACUACUGGGACGGUGUGGUCCACUACGGCCUCUGUCUCUGGAUCCUUUAUUGUGUGGCGCAUAGGCGGAAUUACCGUACCGCGGGUCUGUAUUGGGCUGGGUCCAUUAUCAACAGUCUUCUCGUUCUGGUGCCCGGCAGUGUUCUAGGCACAUUUGGUGUGAAGCCCGCAAUUCUGCUUAACCUCCCCUACCUCUUCGUGCCCCUGUGGAUAGCCUUUCGACUCUUAAGGCAGCAAAGACCAGACGGCGGCUUUGAACCGACUAGUAAACUCACGAGUAUAUGGCAGCGACCAGUUGAUGCCAUCUUCGUCCUUUACUUUCUGGGUGCUGUCGGCGUGGACCUAUUCAGGGGAUUUAUCGCGUUGGGUUGCAAGGAGCCGCUAAUGGACGAGUACUUGUGGGACCACGAGCCCAACAUACUCAAUCCGCUGGCAUACUCCAAGGUCCAGAUGCUGGUGUACAUGUUUUACUUCGUGCCUUACUACGCGGCUGCCGCAUACAGUCUCCUCUAUCCGGGAACGCUCGCCUGGCUCUCUGACUGGGCACUCCUCGUGGCCGGUGCAGCCGCUCAGGGUCAGUUUUCUCAUAUCGGCGGGUCGCUGCAUCCCCGGACGCCGCCCGAGUUCCUCGUGCCGACGCGGCCACACUCCCGUCAAGUAUUCUGGCUGCUCAACCUUGCCCUGCUACUCGUGCCUCAGGCCUUCGCGUGCUGGACAAACAUGGCGACCGCCAAGAGGAAAAGAAAUCUAGGCAAAAACAAAUAGUUAUUUUAAAAAUUGUUCUAGUCUUGUUUUCGAGUGUAUGAUCACAAUGUACAUGUUUUUGUUUUUAUCAAUCUACCAAUAUAUACCCUUAUCAGUUUUGUUAAUGUUUAACCUAUUUCGGUUUGUAACAUGAAUUUGAAUUCUACCAUUGUUUGGCAGAUCUGUUCAGAAUUAGAGAAGUGUUUAUGACAGUAUAUAUUAAAGUAUGAAUAUACCCCUUAUCAGCACCUUAUGAAAUUUUGAUUUCCUUUAUGAUUGUCUAAAGGUGAUUUUAUGCGAUGGAUUUUUAUGUAGACGAUAGGUUUAUUAAGCCUUCUUUUCAUAUUAUGUUUGAAAUUGGUGCUGUUGAUUUAUAUGGUGCUACUUGGAGUAGUUGUUUAUGAAACAUGGAGUUUCUUGUUUGUAUUAAAAAAUAUUAAUAAAUAUAUCAAUGUUUAUAGAUAUUAUCAAUAUAACUAAAGCGGAAAUAAGAAAACAACAAUAUCUUAUUUGAAAAUCGCCUUUAAAAUUGCUAAAAAUGUUAAGGUAAAUGCAAAAAAAGUUCUUUGUUUCCACUAACAUGAAAAAAUAGGGUAGGUAGGUAGGUAGGCAUAACUAUUCUUUCUUUUUUUGAGGACCGGGAUUCUGUACUGUACCGACCUAUAUCAUGAUAUAUCACUAUUGUAGAAAAACAUAAUUAUAAAAUUGACAAACAUGUCUACUAAAGAAAAUGUACAUGAUUUUGGAAAAUACGAAACCAAAACUACGGCAAAGAAGUGAAGGAUUGGGAGGAAAAAAUAGGGUCGGUCGGUUUUGUGGAAACAUCUUUUUUAAGCAUAAUACAUAUUUCAGUGCAUAUGCUUCAGCAAUAUUGUUCUUUUCUUGAUUUUGUUAUAUUAAAAAUAUAUAUAUAUAUACUAUAUAAAUUUUACAUAGCGUUUACCAUACACCUUUUGAAUUAUUUCUUUAAGAGUUUACACAAAUCGUUCAAUUACUAAGAACAAUAACUUUAUAAAGUACAUAAAUAUCCAGUUAUUCAUACAUGUUGGCACAUGGUUUGAAAGUUGAUUCGUUUUAUAGCAAUGCCAAUAUUAGUUGGGUAAGUUGAGUAUACAUAUAAUCCAACAUAUAUCCAAAUUAGUAAUAAAGAAUAAACGGUGACGUCAUGCAUUAAUAAGAAUGACGUCAUCAAAGUAAAA